AAUAUCUCUCUCUCUCGUGCCCUAACCGUCUUUCCUUUUGUCUUUUUUUAGUAAAGCUAAUACAACAAACGUCAGGGGAGAGGAUGAUGAUAACUUUACAUUAUUGCAGUUUCGGUUUGAUUGGGAAGUGACAACUCUAGAAAAGAAGUAGAGAAGAGAAUUAAUCCCAGAAUCCAGAUUCCAGAGUGCUUUAGGGACACUGGAGUUGAGUUGAUACAGUUUGGUCAAAACUCCAGGGAUAGACAAAAUUUUCAUCCAUAGCUGAUGGCCUGAUGCUGAGCUCAUCAUACAUUUUAAAGUUGCAUAUAGUUGGCUGUGGCUGUCUCUUGCCUCGCCUGGUUGUUUAUUUUUUCUUUUUUUUAAUUUUGUUUGUUGGAUGUAGGUCGGAUCUGAUGGACCCGUGCAUGUCUCCAUAUAAACUUUAUUAGAGUGGAGGAAGGAAUGGAGAGCUCGGUGCAGCCAUGUAGGUUGGCGUCCCCUUCCCCGCGUUUGAAAGUUAGAAGUAAGAACCAACCCCAAACGGUUCCCCCUUUACUAAAAUUAGGAGAGAGAAAGACAGAAGAGCUGGAAGUUGAUUGCCAUCUUUGUUUAGAUGCUGUUGAGUGUUGACAACUCAGAACAGAUCUGAUCCACCUUGAAGAAACUCUUUUCAUUCACGUUUUACAUCCAAUACUGUUGUUGUUGUUAUUGUUUCUUUUUUGAUCUGGUUCUCCUAUUUUGGGACUUUCUAGUUCCUACCCAACUGUUGCCUCCAAGUUACCAAAUUAUAAAAAGGGAGACAGGAAGGGACGACGAUCAUAUUGUAAAGACAAGAGAAUCCAUACCCAAGUGAUCGUGAUCGACCCCAGACUCAGAGGCCUCUCUUCCUGCUUUUUUUUUGCUCUUACUGUACAUCUCCAUUUAAUUUAGCUAGUGUGUAAAAAGAUGGGCGACGAGGGUAUAUGAUAUCUGGUUUUUAUAUGGUAACAAUUAACUAUAACCGGAGAUUGCUGUCGUGAUGAUUAUGCGAUGAUGAAUAAUAAGAGGGGCAUAAGUCCUCUGCUUUUGAAAUUCGGAGUGGCUUUAGCUCUCUCCUUUGCUGGGCUUCUCUAUUCCCAUCUCAGAACCAAAAGGAUCCGUCCCUCUUCCUUUCCUCCCUCCUCUCCAUCUUCAGUUGACGGGAAAAAAGUUAAUUCAAGUGGAAAAGCCGGUAUGGAGGAUGAUACUUGUUGCGCUCAAACAACGCUCAGUUCCUGUGAUGUUGCUGUUGUUGCAUCCCAAAACCAUGAGGCCCAAUCUCAUCAGAAGAUAAUAUUUGAUAAUUACACUGUUGGCCUCUCUCCAAGCAGUAGACAUUCUGGAGAUGAAGAGGGACUACUUUUGCCAGGGUUUAACGAGCUUGUGCUCAAGGCGUUUGAGUUACCUGCCACCAAUUCUGGUAUUUCUCCAAGGAAUGAUGAAGAGACAGCUAUAACAUUUAAAAAAGCAGAAAACAAGGAGGAAACUGAGCAUGAGAUCAUCAACCUGAGGAAUACGGUCAGAGUCCUAAGGGAGAGAGAGAAGAACCUUGAGAUUCAAUUAUUGGAGUACCAUGGCCUUAAGGAACAAGAUGCUAUUGUGACGGAGCUCCAGAAUCGGUUAAGGAUUAGCAACACAGAGUCCAAGCUUCUCACUCUCAAGAUCGAGUCCUUGCAAGCCGAUAACAAGAGCCUGGAGGUACAAGUGGCUGAUUAUGCAAGAGUGAUAUCUGAGCUUGAAUCUGCAAGAGCACAAUUAAAGUUGCUGAAAAGGGAGAUAAGGUCUGAUGCAGAGCAAUAUAGGGAACAGCUUUACACUCUUAAGCAGAGGGUUGCCAAUUUACAAGACCAGGAACAAAAUGCCACCCAGAUUGAUGUUGAUAUCCAAAAGAAGCUGCAGAGGUUAGAGGAUUUAGAGGAUGAAUUAACAAAGCUCAAGGAAGAUAACUCAAGACUAUGGUGCGAAAAUUCUGAGUUGGCUAGGAAGUUGGAGUCCACUCAAAUACUUGCCUCUUCUGUUCUAGAGGAUCCAGAGGUUGAAGCAUUGCAUGAAGAUAACCACCGCUUGAGACAGGAAAAUGAAGAUUUAAAAAAUGAGCUUGAGAGACUCCAAACAGGUCGCUAUGCAGAUGUUGAGGAGUUGGUCUAUCUCAGGUGGGUGAAUGCUUGCCUGCGAUAUGAGUUAAGAAAUUAUCAGCCUCAUGGUAAAACAGUAGCAAGGGACCUAAGCAAGACUUUGAGUCCUAAGUCAGAGGAAAAGGUUAAGCAGCUUGUACUUGAAUAUGCAAAUUCGGAGGGGAUUCGUGAAAAGAGCAUCCCUGUAGACUUUGAUGCUGAGUAUUGGUCAUCAUCCCAGGCCUCCAAUAACACAGAAUGUGGUGAUUUUGAUGAUUCUUCCUGUGACAUUUCAUCUGCCACGAAGACCAACAGUUCAUCCAAAAGGAAAUUCUUUAGGAAGCUUAAGAAUUUAGUACUGGGAAACAGCAUGAAUAACAGUGAGCAGACUUCAUCGAUGGACAGAAAUCCUGUAAGUUUUACUGCAUCAGGAAGGAGGGAAUCUGUCUCCACCACUACAUUUGAGGAUAUGAUGGGGACUUAUUCUUGUGACACCCUUUCUCCUCACCACGUCUCAAGUAUUGUGGCAACCCCUCUUAGAGCAACUGAAACAAGAAAUUAUGGACAGAGGAAUAGAAUCCUUCAUUCUCAGGGUUCAUCAAGGAAUUCUUUGGAUAUUCAAAGGUCAAGGAAUUUGCCCCUGGAAGAUGCAAGUGAAGUAGAAUGUCUACGGAGCAACAGUGAUUUAGGAUCCUCAUGGGGGAACAAGGUUGCUCUGGGUAAUGGAAGUGCUUUUGUCUUGGCUCAAGAAGAUCAGUUUGUUCAUGACCAAGAUACGAUUGAGAAGUUAGAGUUUAUGAAACUUGCUGAAAUUUUGAAUAGUUCUCAUGGGACUCAAACCUCACACCGAAAGGCAGCAUCAUUCAGUUGUCAUUGAUGUGCAGUACAGGCUUCAACCUUUCUCCAUCUCUAUAGCAGAAGAUUGCCUUGAAUUUUUUCCCCUUCUCCAUUGCCACUGUAUUUAUUUUAAUAGCAUUGGAUAGUUGGGGAAUCCUGGGAGUUACAAAAUACACUCACUCAAAUCUUCUAGUGUAAUGAAUCGGUAGUACUGAAAGAUCACUUCAUUGUUCAAAUUUACCUAAAACAACCUGGUUUGCAAUAAAAGCCAGUCUAUCCACCCGACCAUGACUGUAGCUCUAAGUUAUAGCAUUUUCCAUUGUAAACUUAUGUGAUAGAAAUCAUUCUUAUUUAACAUUGUUAAGGAACAUAACGAUGCUACUGAA